AUGCUGUCCGCGUAUCAGCGGCUGAACGUGGCGGCGGCGACGUCUUCGGCGUCGCUUCUGACGUCGGCAUGCACGUCUUCUGCACAGCAACAACAGCGGGGGUUAGGCCGGCGGAUGCCAAAACAGGGAAAACCGCCGAUUUUACCGCCGGCGAAGAAGGUAGAGAUUGUCUUGAAAAGAGAAGCUAACUAGAGCUGAUUCCUGACAAAUCAUUGAAAAAUGUCGUUUGGCCCAAAAAGGUCCCUGUAAAUGAUGGAAACGAGAGAAUACGCUUCGAAAAUGAAAAGAAAACCAUAGCAGAAGUGAAGGAGAUUGACAGGGUCAAAACAACUUUUUUUUUUUCAACGCGAGACUUUUCCGCUUCGAAAACUGUUCAAAAAUCCUUUCUGAAGCGUUUUUCUGGAGGACGUUGACAUUUUUCAUAACCACCUCGAGCUGAAAUGCCUUUUUGAGUGCUGUUUUUAGUCAUGCAACCUCUGAAAUUCAACUAACUUAUUUUUAUUCUAAAGAUGUAGCAAUUAAAAAUGCUUAAAUAUUGAUUUACCCUUCUCAGGUGCUCUACCACGUAGUGCACGUACCUUGGCAGAAGCCAGAAGACGUCAAAGAGCUUCUGUGGAGAAGACACGUCUACAACAACGCUGUGACGUCUUUAAGAGAGGUUUGACGGAUGAGAAAGAAUGAAAAAUUUUUUAAAAAAGCUUCAGAUUCUUUAGAAGAGCUCUUCUCUAAAAUUUUCGAAAAUAGCCAAUUCGAUUGACUUUUUGAAGUUUUCUCAUAAUGGGACCAUUUUCAGGUCUUCCGAGCGGAACUUCAGCAAAAUGCCGCCAUCGGAAAGGGUAUCGAAUCAAUGAAAGAGGCAGAAGAAAAAGAGCUGGAGGAGCUGAUAUCUGAAAAUGAAAGGAGGAACAAGGAAAAAGUACGAUUUUCCUACAAAAAAAUUUCAUAGGAAGAACACAUUUUCGCCUAAAGUUUGUAAUUUAGUCUUUUUUUUCGAAAGUUCUGUUAUUGUACUUUAGAAAAAUUGCGAUUUACUGCUCCUCUCAAUCAUUAAAAAAAUAUCAUGCGUUGAUAAAAAAUAAACUUUAUUUCAAAAUGAAAUCAUUUGUUCCAUAUGAAUUAGAAAAUCUUGAUCCGAAACUCAACAAAAGAAACUAUUCGUUAUUGAUCGUCAAAAUAAGUAUUUUAUUAUUUGAAACCGUCAUUGAAAGAGUUCCAAACAUGUUUAUAAGCUUGGUAAAACGGCAGUUUAAUUUAUAAAUUUGAGGCGGCUGCUCGUGCUGCACGAGAAGAAGCCGCGUCUCGAGAAACCAAAUUGACGAUGUUGAACGAAAUCGAGGAGACGCUUCUCAAGCAAAAAGAGGCCAAGAGAAAGUCAGAGCAAGAGGUUCUUGAUAUCGCAUCGUCAGUAAAAACCGUGAAAUUCCAAGGUCCAAGCGGCGAUAGAAAGAAGUGCGCAUUUCGUCACGAAGGACAACUUGGAAACGAAAGUCCUGGCUGCUUUGGAAAAUCCCGUUGUUUACGACUUCGCAAUCGAUAAGAUGGGAAACAAGGUGAGAAUAAUCCCUCUUCAGCCUGGUUCAACUGAGUUUUUCAGUUCCCUAACCCAAUGCCAGUAAAAUAUCAAGAAGGCACGCCCACGAGACAGAAAGGACGACUUUAUGAUGAGACUUUGGGCUCGAAAAUCACGGCGACUGUGAUCGAGAAUACUGCCGAAAAGUCUGAGAGCUCUGAAACUGAACGAGCAAAUGUUUAG